UCGCGCUCGUGCGCAGGAAAGCUCGUGGCAAUCUGUAGGCGGAGAGUCGACUUCGCCCUCACCGGCGGACGGCUGCUGCUGGACGGCCGAGAGAGCUCCCCCGGCCGUCCAUCUUCCAAUCAACAAGCGGCCAGCUCAGCAAGAGCGCGCGCGAGAGUACGGGUUGAAUUUUCGGCCGGCGCAUCAAAAGCGCGCGGGCAUCAAGCCGGCGCCAAGUGGGUUGAACGCGGGGCGGGGCCAUGGCAGCGGCGCGCACCAUGCAGGCCACGUGCCAAUUUUUUCGGCAAUGCUGUGUUCAUUCAGGCGCUGGCGCGGCGUCGUCGGGGGCGGCGGGCUCGUCGUCAUCCUCGGGAACAUCGGCCAGAGAAGCUCGCCCCUUCGUUCCGCGAGGUUAUUACUCUCGGCAUUCUCAAGAUGCGACAGCGGCGGCGGCGCAUCUCCUCCCGGGUCGUUCCAAGACCCGGCGGGAGCUUUCGUGCUCGUCUUCUUCCUCCUCGUCUUGCAGCUUCGUGGCGCCAUCGCCAGCUCGAAAUCAUUACGGCCGCUUGAAAUGCAGGCAGCAGCAGGCAGGCAACGGCAUUCCUUUGGCUGGAAGAGGUAGCAGGAUCACCACCUGCGCAGUGGCGGAGACCGCGGUGGAAGAAGCGUCGCAGGACAGCCCCGGCGGGCCAGCCGCGGAAGAGGCAACCGGCCCGCGGGAAUGGAACGCAGCAACUGUGCUUCGCGUGGACGACAUUGCGCCGGGCGUGCGCAACGUGGUCCUCGAGGUGGAGGCCAGCAGGGAGUACGUGGCGCUCGAGAACGCGUACACGUUGCCAGGACAGCUGGCUAGCGUCAAAGUGCCAACUACCGCGACCGCUGGCGGAAGCGACGGGAAUGGCAGCGUCGGGCGUGCUGGGGAGAGUCAGGACGCGGAGAUGACUACGUUGAACGUCACGUGCUCAUCGGCCCCGUUCAGCAUGGAAGUCAAUCGUGUGGUUCUGCUGAAGCUUCGCGGGGAUAUCUCGGCGGGAGAGUCCAAGGUCGUGCAGUACAUGAUGUCUGUCAAAGCGCCGCUGGAGUUGUUCGUCGAGGAGGCUAAGGCGGAGGCGCUGUACGACUUGCCCGUGGGAGCAGAGGUAAUGGUUGGACCAUUCCAGAAAACUGGUAUGGACUUCCUGCCCAUCAUGUUCCUGGUACGUUAUCCAACAAUCUUGGUCUUCACCGACGAUGGACCUGGAAUUGCGGCGGCACGUGCGAUGAUUGAGGCAAAGGACGUGGGGAGUCUGAUGCUUAACAUGCGAGAGGACGUGAGAUUGUACUACGCGGCAGAGAAGCCGAGCACAGUGGCGUACAGAGACUCGUUUCCGGAAUGGGAGUCGACGGGGGUCAAAGUGCGCGCGACGGUGCGCGACGUGGGGGAAGGUGGGUGGGACGGAUUCGUCGGUUCCUUCUCGCAGUUGUUCGACGAGGACGACCUCGAGUACGACCCCGAAUCCACGGCGGCGGUUGUGUGCGGCAGCCGGAAGACGAUCGACGAAGUAAUGAGAGUUCUUGAGGAUGCUGGUAUCCCCGCUACGCAGGUGGUGCAAUGGGAGUCCAGAUAGAUGAGGGUCAUCGGUCUGUUAGAGGCAUAAGAAGAAGAUAGGACAGUGGAGGCAAAAGUGAGGGAAGGGUGUGUGUUUUGCGUUCUGUGUCUCUGCUUGUACGCGUGCGCGCGUGUGUAUAGAAAGAGAUGGAGUCGUCUGUAGAGAGUGCGGGGGUUUUGUUUGUGUUUGUGUUUGUGUGUGUGUGUGUGUGAGAGAGAGAGAGAGAGAGAGAGAGAGAGAGAGAGAGAGAGAGAGAGAGAGAGAGAGAGAGAGAGAGAGAGAGAGCGGCCGCGCGGAAGUGCGUGGACUUGCCACCGGUGUCAAUGCGCGCGGGAGGGUCGAUCGGUGGGAGAAUGGUGCAUAUAGGAUUUAUGUAAUAACUGAUUGUUCGGCUGCAUGGGUAGCAAAAGCAGCUCCUUUUUUGUUGAUUCAUCGAAUUUAUUUGCAAUUAGCCAAGAGACUGCUUGUUAAACUUUUUGCUGAAGUCAAAGAACACGGAAGGAAGGAGAAAGCGAAAUGUACACGCGCACACACACGAAUGAAAUCCGGCCUAUGAAUGCAGGAAGGAAGGAAGGAAGGAAGGAAGGAAGGAAGGAAGGAAGGAAGGAUACCCCGAGAAAUGAAAUUGCUUGACAAGGUCUGCUCUGCAAAAGUGCACACGACUGCUAUCAUGGGCGUAGCAAGCCGGAUCUUACUGAACGAACCCUGAACGAACCUUGUCCUUGAAUGAAAUUGCUUGACAAUGUCUGCUCUGCAGAAGUGCACACGGCUGCUAUCAUGGGCGUAUGACAAGGUAGGAGAGGGAGAGAGAGCGAUAGAUGAUAGGUUGCGAUCAGAGAGCGAUAGAUGAUAGGUUGCGAUCUAUGUAUGACGUUCAGGCUGUAAUUGGAAGAAGGAUAAAUUUCCACCUUUGUAAUUGCUGAAAGGACCGGGAAGCCGCGUCAAGCAAGUGUUUCAUUUGUUCUCUUUUUCUCAAGGAGUGGCGUUUAAUAGAGUUUUGAUAGUUGAAAGAAGGACAAGAUUAAAAGGUUUGGCGUUGUGUGUGUGUGUACAAGCCUACACUCUUAUCUCAUCACGCAGACCUCAGAAAAUUAGAGCUUGUUAAUC